UGACAGGUGUAGUAAUUAAAAAGUAUACAUUGAUUUUAUUUGCGCGCGAAAAAUAACAACUUCGUGGUUUGCAAUAGUAAAUUACAAAUUUUAGUCUAAUCAAUAGAAUGGUUAUUGUAAUAAAUGUACAUCAAUUGCUUUUACAUAUCCGUGUAUUACUGAAUAUAUUAUGUGUUUGUACGUACCAACUUGAGGGCUGUUUAAAGUUCUAACGUGUCCUUGGUGAACUGCAGAGUGCAUGUAACUAUGCCGGCUUCUUUAGAAAAUGAUUUUCUUCGUAACAAUGGUAGUUCUUCACAUGACAACGAUCAUACUUCUAUUGAUUCAUCAGUUUCACCACUUCGACAAUCACCACGACUCUCCACCAAAAAUAAGCAAUUGAAAAUCACCAGUAUGUUCCCUACUAAACGUAGCAGGAGUCCAGUGAAUAAUCAUGAAGUCAAUGAAAACAAAAAAAUCAAACUAGACAUAGUUGAUUCAACAAAACCAACUAUUAGCAAAAUAAAUAUUUGCAAUGAAAAUAUAUCUUUGAAUGAAAGGAAAGAAGAUAAUUCUUUAGAAUCUAUAGUUUCAUCAGUUGAAAAUGAAAUCCACAGAAAGAAUGAAAUAUGUAAUAAUAAUACUUCUGACAUGAAUAAGAAUAGGGCUAAUGGUGACAAUAAUUUAAUUACUGAAAACGAUUCUGACAAAAGAAUAAGUCACAAUAAAGAUAAUGAAUUAAAGGGAAAUGGAAAUUCUGAAAAAGAUAGUUUGCAAACAGAGAAAGAUUUAGAAACAAAAAAUAAUCUUCCAGAUCUGGAGAAAUGUAAAAUUUGUAGACAAUAUUUGAAUAACUCAGAUAUCAUCUACUAUCAAGGUCAUCCCCAGAAUGCAGUAGAAGAGUUUAUAGCAUUAACUAAUGAAAAGUUAGUACUAGCUUCUGGUGACAAUGGAGAUAUAAUGGAGAGACCACAAACAAACAUAACUGGGUUUUCAAUAUUUGAUGAACAUGGCCACUUGUGUCCAAUUGAUGGAGGCCUUGUUGAAAGUGAUGUUCGGAUUUAUAUGUCAGGAUAUCUUAAGUCCAUUUGCUCUGACUCUUCUGAAAUUGAUGAGGAAUCUAUACCAGUAAAAGAUGUUGGCCCUAUUAUAGAAUGGUUUAUUCAUGGGUUUGAUGGUGGUGUUAAGAACUGUAUCACCUUGUCUACUGAAUUUGGUGAAUAUAAUUUACUUAAGCCCAGUGCAGAGUAUACACCCCUUAUGAAUAACCUGUAUGAAAAAAUAUGGCUGAGUAAAGUAGUAGUAGAGUAUAUAGAGGAGUAUCAUUAUCUUCUUCCUACUUAUGAAGAUUUACUGGAAAUCAUCAGAGGGCAAACAAUUCCAGAUCUAGAUAAUAAAAUAAUGUCUGAAGAAAUGCUCCACAAGCACGCUCAGUUUGUGUGUGACCAAGUAGUAAGUCUAGAGGCAGAUGAAGACAACGAACCAUUAAUAACAUUACCUUGUAUCAGAGAACUAAUAAAAUUAAUGGGGAUUAAAUUUGGGAAAAGAAAAUUCCGCACUAAAAUUGUUUACAAGAAGGUUGAUAAAAAGUCAUGGACUAAAGCCACUACUACUCCUCUAGUACAAAAAACAUUUGAAAGCUUUUUCACUAACCAAUUGGAUAAGACAAAUCAUGAACAUACAUUGAGAAGGAAGAGAUGUGGUGUGUGUGAAGCUUGCCAACUGCCAGAUUGUGGAGAGUGCAAUGCGUGUCGUGCGAUGCUUAAGUUUGGUGGUCACGGCCGCACUAAGAAGGCCUGCGUCAGGAGACUAUGUCCAAACAUGGCAGUGGAGCAGGCAGAGGACUCUGAACUAGAUGAAGAGGAAGAUUAUCAACAAACAGCGGAUAAGCGCCAGUUCGAUAAAAUCGAUGAUGCUUUACCAGUUAAGGUGACAGGUGCCAAUUGUAAGAAAAUUAAUUGGAUAGGGGAACCAGUCAAAGUUGAUGCUACGAAAGUGUAUUAUGAAAGAGUGGAAAUUGAUGGUGCAGAGUUAAAAUUGGGAGACUUUGUAAUGGUAGAAACUUCACAAUCAAAUAUUCCCGCCCUGGUUUCUAGAGUGACCUAUAUGUGGAAAGAUAUUAAUAAUAAUAAAAGUGGCUACUUUCAUGGUGAAGUUUUCAUUAGAGCUUCGGAUACCGUAUUAGGUGAGGUCGGCGAUGCUAGGGAAGUCUUUUUGGGGGAUAGAUGUUGCCAUGGUGCUCCGCUUUCAUCUAUUUUGAGGAAAGCGUGUGUUGAAAAACGAGAACCACCUAAAGAUUGGUUUAAAUUAGGGGGUAAGGCAGUAGAUGAAGAAUUUUUCGAAGACGAUGGCAAAACAUACUUCUAUCAGAAAUACUAUGAGAGGUUUACAGCACGUUUUGAAGAUAUACCAGUCGACCCGGAAUGUCCAAAUGUAUUGAGGAAACAUAGAUUUUGCCCUUCUUGUGAGCGUAAAACUAGACGUGAUGCCAUGGACAUACCCAAAGUUUUCGGAAAAGUUUUAGAAAAGUCGGACGUAGUUUCGGAAGCCAAUAGAACCGAAUGGACCAGUGUAAGAUGGCGAGAUAAUGAUUAUAAGAAAGGUUGCGGAGUUUUUCUUAAACCGGGUACUUUCAAAUUAAAAAAUAGCCAUAUCAAUCCAAACACUAGUAAUGGGAGGGUGAAGUUGGAAAAAGUUGAUGAGGACGUAUAUCCGGAGUAUUACAGGAAGAGCGAUAAUAAUUUGCGCGGGUCCAAUGUGGAUACAGGCGAGCCCUUCUGCGUGGGGCACAUCGCUGCCGUGGCCGCGGCUGGCGAUGGGCCACUUGUGGUGCCACAAGACAUCUACCUCAGAGUCAACAUACUGUACAGGCCUGAGAAUACAACCAGCAGGUUCCCGCAUCACGAAGAUCUCAAUGUUGUCUAUUGGAGCGAAGAAAUCAAAGAAAUAUCAUUUUCAAACGUUGUGGGGCUGUGUCAGUUAUUCUAUGUGGAAAACAUUCCACAGCAGGACUCCAUACAUGAAUGGCUGGAGUCAGAUCCCAAUAGAAUAUAUUUCAGGCAAACUUUUGACAAAGCUUCGGGUCAGUUUAACGACGUCCCUCAGCACGCGAAGCACGUUGGCCGCGGUGACAGAGGAAAAGAUAAAGGCAAGGGGAAAGGAAAAUCGAGUAAAACUUCGGAACCGACCAUCGCUAAAACUCGGGAAGUCCAUGUAAGGCCUCUGAGAACUCUAGACGUGUUUGCUGGAUGCGGCGGCCUGUCGGAGGGUCUACAUCGCGCCGGCGUGGCUGAGUGCAAGUGGGCCGUGGAGAACUUGGAGGCCGCGGCUCAUGCUUACUCACUGAACAAUAAGAACUGCAUUGUGUUUAAUGAAGACUGCAACGAGCUUCUAAAGGACGCCCUCGGCGGGGCUUCGCACAGCGCUCGGGGCCUGCGCCUACCGCGCCAGGGCGAAGUCGAGCUUCUGUGCGGCGGCCCUCCCUGCCAGGGCUUCUCCGGGAUGAACCGGUUUAACUCCAGAGAGUACUCAAACUUCAAGAACUCAUUAGUGGCGUCGUAUCUGUCCUUUUGCGAUUAUUACCGGCCGAAGUACUUCAUACUCGAGAACGUCCGGAAUUUCGUCGCUUUCAAGAAGGGCAUGGUUUUGAAGCUCACUUUGCGGACCCUGUUGGAUAUGGGGUAUCAGUGCACGUUUGGAGUUCUGCAGGCCGGGAACUACGGCGUCCCGCAAACGAGGCGGCGGCUUAUCAUCCUAGCGGCGGCGCCGGGCUAUAGGCUGCCCUCGUACCCCGAGCCGACGCACGUGUUCAGCAGACGCGCCUGUUCGCUAACCACCACUAUCGACGGGAAGCGGUUCCUGAGUAACAUUCAAUGGGACGAAUCCGCCCCGCGGCGGACCUGUACCAUCCAAGAUGCGAUGAGCGAUUUGCCGCAAAUAUGCAACGGUGCUAACAAAAUCGAGAUAGAGUACGGAUCCAUGCCCGAGACGUACUUCCAGCGUAUGGUCCGAAGCCGUGACGAGAGUGCUAAGUUGCGAGACCAUAUAUGUAAGAACAUGGCGCCUCUAAUACAGGCGCGCAUCACUCGGAUACCCAAUACGCCCGGCUCCGAUUGGAGGGACCUACCCAAUAUAUCAGUUAUGCUCUCCGAUGGAACUAAGUGCAAGGUGCUGCAAUAUCGGUAUGAGGAUAAGAAGAACGGUCGGUCGUCGCGGGGCGCCCUACGCGGCGUGUGCGCAUGCGCGGCGGGCGGCACGUGCUCCCCACACGACAAGCAAGAAAACACGCUUAUCCCCUGGUGCCUGCCGCACACAGCCAACCGACAUAACAACUGGGCCGGCCUAUACGGUCGCAUCUCAUGGGACGGCUACUUUAGCACGACGGUGACCGACCCCGAGCCGAUGGGUAAGCAGGGCCGUGUUCUGCACCCAGCGCAACACCGCGUGGUGUCGGUGCGAGAGUGCGCUCGCUCGCAGGGCUUCCGCGACACGUACCUCUUCGCCGGCUCCGUGCAGGAUAAACACAGACAGAUUGGAAAUGCUGUGCCACCACCUUUAGGUAUGGCAUUGGGCAGAGAAAUCAAGAAAGCUUUGAGUGCCUCACAGUGACACAACUGUACUCCUUAUAGUGUAAGUUUUGAAGUAAGGUAAUGUUACAUUGGAGUUAACGUAAAACAGUAAUUUAGUAAGGACAGCCAGAAGUUGUAUUUAUAACUCUAUAGAAGUCCAUACUAAAUUGACAGAUUUGCGUUACUCCGAUAUCGGGUUUACAAGAAAUCUAACACAUAGGAGGGCUCAGUUUAGAAAUAUCUUUUUAUAAAUUAUGUACCGAACCAUUAUAUUAUUGUUGACCUACUAA